AUGCAGAGUGAACAGACUGGGCAGGGGCUGUGGCUGGGCUGGGGCUGGGCUGUGGUUGGGGCUGGGCUGUGGUUGGGGCUGGGACUGGGGCUGGGCUGUGGCUGGGGCUGUGGCUGUGGCUGGGGCUGUGGCUGGGGCUGGGCUGUGGUUGGGGCUGGGGUUGGGGCUGUAGCUGGGGCUGGGGCUGUAGCUGGGGCUGGGGCUCUGGGCUGGGACUGUGGCUGGGCUGUGGCUGGGCUGUGGCUGGGCUGUGGCUGGGGCUGUGGCUGGGGCUGGGACUGUGGCUGGGCUGGGCUGUGGCUGGGUUGGGGCUGUAGCUGGGUUGGGGCUGUAGCUGGGUUGGGCUGGGGCUGGGCUGGGGUUGGGCUGGGGCUGGGGCUGUGA